GAAAAGAAGCAUUGGAAACGUAACGCAGACAAGAAUGCAAGUGUUUAUCAUCAACUACUUGCAGAUUUUUCCGACGCAAAAGAGACUACACUUUCCGAAUUUGGUGCUCUUCGGGAAGCCCAACGCUGCCUAAAAUGUGCGGAUGCACCCUGUCAACGAAGCUGUCCAACAACAGUGAAUGUCAAAUCUUUCAUAACUAGUAUUUCUAACAGAAAUUACUACGGUUCUGCAAAAACAAUUCUGACCGAUAACCCAGUGGGAUUAUCUUGUGGAAUGGUUUGCCCGACCAGUGACCUUUGCGUCGGUGGAUGUAACCUUAGUGCCACUGAACAAGGUCCUAUCAAUAUUAGCGGACUGCAACACUUCGCUGUUGAACGGUUCGCCCAGAUGGGGAUUCCUCAGAUACUGGAUCCAAAAAUUGCGGACAAAACCAAAGGGGUUCCAGUAUACGACACGCCCAUCGCGUUGGUAGGUUGUGGACCAGCAAGCAUUUCCUGUGCCAGUUUUUUGGCCCGACUGGGUUAUCGUAAAAUUGACAUCUUUGAGAGGUAUCAGUAUUCUGGAGGUUUGAGCAGUUCAGAGAUACCAGAAUUUCGUUUGCCUAUGCGAGCUGUGGAAACUGAGAUCCAAUGGAUGCAAGAUCUGGGUGUCAGAAUACAUACUGGCCACGUUCUAUCCACGCCUGAAACACAGACAAAGAUUACGGGGCUGAAGCAUAUCAGCUUGACCAGUUUGCGUAAACAAGGAUAUAAAGCAAUAUUUCUGGGAUUGGGACUUCCAAUACCAAAACAGAUCAAGGUAUUCAAAGGUCUGGGACCAGAGAACGGGUAUUAUACAUCAAAACACUUUCUACCCAAAGUUGCUGAAGCUACAAAGCAAGGGAUCUGUCGUUGUACUGGUCGACAUGCGCCCACUCUUCCAGACUUGAAAAAUAAAAACGUCAUUGUACUAGGUGCUGGAGAUACAGCCUUUGAUUGUGCCACUUCAGCUAUACGCUGUGGAGCAAAACGGAUUUCCGUAGUGUUCCGUAAAGGAUUUACCACAAUCAAUCCGGUUCCGGAAGAAAUGAAACUUGCAUGGAUAGAAAAAUGUGAAUUGCGUCCGUUCCUGGAGCCGAAACGUGCAAUAUGCACGCUCCAAUCAGGCGAUGAUAAUAGACCACCCCAAAUACAUGCAAUUGAAUUUGUCCACACAGAACAGCUGGAGGAUGGAACAUGGUCACAACAUCCAGAACAACUGGUUCGAAUUCAAGCAGAUGUAGUCAUCUCAGCUUUUGGUGCAGAACUAUCCGACCCCGACGUAAUUCGGGCACUUAUUCCAUUGAGACUACGUGAGAACAAUUUACCUGAGUUGGAUCUGCAUACAAUGCGCACUAGUGAACCGGAUGUGUGGUGUGGUGGUGAUUUGAGUGGACUGUCACACACUACUGUGGAGGCGGCUAAUGACGGUAAAUUGGCUGCCUGGCAUAUGCAUCAAGCGAUGCAAAAAAAUUCCACCCCAGUGCAUAAAAGGCUUGGUGCGAGAUAUCAGGCUGAUGCGCACACCAUGCCUGUUUUUACAACACCAAUUGAUUUGGUGGACAUUUCGAUUGAGAUAUGUGGCCUGAAAUUCAUGAAUCCUUUCGGNGCGUCGGCCCCGCCGACUACAUCUGCUCCAAUGAUUUGGCGAGCGUUUGAAGCCGGUUGGGGUUUUGCUGUGACAAAAAGCUUCGGUCUUGAUAAAGAUCAAGUCACCAAUGUCUCCCCUAGGAUCGUUCGUACCCAAGUGUCCGGUAACCUUUACGGCCCUGAACAGGCAGCCUUUAUGAACAUUGAGCUAAUCAGUGAGAAAACAGCAGCAUACUGGUGCAAUUCAAUUAAGGAACUGAAACGGGAUUUUCCCAAACACAUUGUGAUUGCCAGUAUCAUGGCUGCGUACUUGCGAGAGGAUUGGCAGGAACUCUGUGACAUGGUUCUGGACUCGGGUGCAGAUGCUAUAGAGUUAAAUUUAUCCUGCCCCCAUGGGAUGAGAGAACGUGGAAUGGGACUGGCUUGUGGACAAAAUCCGAAAAUGGUGCACGAUAUUUGUAGUUGGGUCAAAGACCGCGUCAAAUCGAAACCAGUAUUUGCCAAGUUGACUCCAAACGUCACUGAUAUUGUGACGAUAGCACGUGCCGCGCAUGACGGGGGUGCCGAUGGACUCACACUGAUCAACACCGUUUCCAGUGUUGUUGAUAUUCGUGGUAAUGCCACCAUAUGGCCCACAAUUGGAAAAGCAAUGCGUAGUACUUCGGGUGGACUGUCCGGAAGUGCAAUUCGACCAUUGGCCUUGAAAGCAGUUAGUUCUGUGGCUAAGGCGAUACCGGGCUUUCCCAUUUUGGCUACCGGGGGGAUCAGUUCUGCCGAGUCUGGUAUGCAAUUCAUCUACGCUGGAGCUUCUGGAUUACAGGUAAGAAAAUGUUCAUAUAAUCUUCAUUCACUGCAGUCGAAUACUGUAAAUAAUUUCUUUCUUUGA